AUGAACCAAAUGAACAGCAAGCCGUACCAGUCGCUGUCCAGGGCUCGGCCCGACAUGGAGCUGUGCUACUCCAGCUCCUCAGAGGAGAGCGAGGAGGGCGGCGGCCCCCCCAACCACCUGCAGCAGCAGCAGCAGCCGCCGCCGCAGCAGCCCUACGGACACACACACACACACUCCAGCGGCCAGUACAGCCACGACCGCAGGCUGGCCUACAACAGCCACCGCAUCAAGAGGAAAAGCAGCCCUCAGCCCUGCACAGAUCUGAAGGAGGUGUUCUGCUAUUUUAAAAGCACCGGAGGCUACAACUUUCUGCAUGGAUUUCAAGUGGGAUUUUUAUUUUUCCAGACAAGUGGCUGUGCUUUGCUUGAUCACAGAGAGUGUUACACUCUGUAUGACGACUUCCUCCACGCGCCCUCUUCCCAGCACUCGUACGCCGGCGGCGUUUCCGUGGGCGCUGGCUCCGACCCGGACACUGAGCCCGAGGGCCCGCCGUCUCCGGACCACGCGCUGCACCUGUGGAUGCAGGAAGUGAAGUCAGAGCGCGGCGGCGGCGGCGGCUCCGCCCUGUCCAGCCGAGCCAACUCCAUCCUGUCCCUCACCGACACGGAGCAGGAGCGCAAGUCGGACGUGGACAACGACCUUGGCAACAGUCCCGGUGCCCAGUUCACGUUCAAGCCCCUGCCGCCCCCACCUCCACCCCCGCACGCCUGCACGUGUGCCCGUCCGGCGCCCGCGGCGUCCUCGGAGGGCCUGCAGAGGAACACCCUGCCCUCCCGCUGCCCGCCGCUCGACCUGCCCGCCAAGACGGCCCAGGAGCUGGGCCAACCCCACAACAGCUGGGCCCUCAACAGCAACAUCCCACUGGAGACCAGGCACUUCCUGUUCAAGCACGGCUCGGCCUCGUCCACGCUGUUCCGUGCGGCCAAUCAGAACUACCCGCUGACGUCCAGCACGGUGUACUCCCCGCCCCCCCGGCCCCUGCCCAGGACCACGCUGGCGCGGCCGCUCUUCUCCUUCAGCAAGCCGUACCGCUGCUGCAACUGGAAGUGCACCGCUCUCAGCGCCUCCGCCAUCACCGUCACGCUGGCCCUGCUGCUCACCUACGUCAUCGUAGUGCACCUGUUUGGUCUGACGUGGCAGCUGCAGUCGCCGGACGCCCCGCUGUAUGAGAACGGCCUGAGCAAAGCGGACGGAGUGGAGGACCGCCUGAGCAUCAGCUUCCCCCCCUUCCCCCCCGCCGGGGUCAACGGCACAGCCAGAGAGGUGUUCCAGAGGGGCCGUGCCAUAGACCGUGGUGAAGUGGACAUCGGGAUGCAGCUGAUGCAGACGGUUCCUCCGGGCCUGUUCUGGAGGUUCCACAUCAAGAUCCACCACCCCGAGUACGUGCGCUUCAACGUGUCCCUCGCCAGCGACGCCCUGCUGGGCAUCUACGGCCGCCGCAACAUCCCUCCCACUCACACACAGUUUGACUUUGUGAAGCUGCUGGACGGCAGACAGCUGAUCCAGAAGGAGCCCAGGGCCUCAGAGGAGGCUCGGCCGCCGCUUCAGAACCUGUACCUGGCCGCGCUGCAGGCCACGGGCUUCGUGGAGUACCUGGACGCCGGCACCUGGUACCUGGCCUUCUACAACGACGGCCGCAAGAUGGAACAGAUGCUCGUCUUCACCACCUCCAUAGAAACGAUGGAUGGCUGUGAAACUAACUGCAAUGGGAACGGGGAGUGUGUUGCUGGCCACUGUCACUGCUUCACUGGGUUCCUGGGACCAGACUGCUCGAAAGACUCCUGCCCGGUGCUGUGCAGUGGGAACGGGGACUAUGAGAAGGGCCACUGCGAGUGCCACGCGGGCUGGAAGGGGGCGGAGUGUGACGUGCAGGAGGACCAGUGUGUGGACCCCACCUGCUCCAACCACGGGGAGUGCGUCAGCGGCACGUGCCUGUGCGCGCCCGCCUUCAAGGGCAACAACUGUGAGCAAGUUGACUGUGAGGAUCCGCUGUGCUCAGGGCAUGGUGUGUGUGUGGGGGGCGACUGCCUGUGCUCCUCUGGUUGGGGGGGUGUGAAGUGUGACAGCCCGCUCCCCUCGUGCCAGGAGCAGUGCUCAGGCCACGGCACCUACCAGCCCGACCCCGGCGUGUGUGUGUGUGAGCCCGGAUGGACCGGAACCGACUGUGCUACAGAGGAGUGCUCCCCGCCCUGCAGUCCUCACAGCAUGUGUGUUGGCGGUCGGUGCCAAUGUGAGGAGGGGUGGGAGGGUCCUGCCUGUGACAGACAGGCAUGUCACCCAGUGUGUGAGGAGCACGGAGAGUGUAAGGAAGGCAGGUGUGUGUGCCACCCUGGCUGGGAAGGUGAACAUUGCACCAUCGAUGGCUGUCCGGGCCUGUGCAAUGGGAACGGCCGCUGCACGUUGGAGCAGAGCGGCUGGAUUUGCGUCUGCCAGCCCGGCUGGAGCGGCACCGGCUGCAACGUCGUCAUGGAAACCGAGUGCAGCGACAACACAGACAACGACGGAGAUGGCCUGGUGGACUGUGUGGAUCCGGACUGUUGCCAGCAGCAGGGCUGUGAGAGUGGGCCGCUGUGCCAGGGGGCACCGGACCCUCUGGACCUGGUGCAGCUGAACCCUGUGCCCAUGCUGCCCACGCCCGCACAGCCCUUCUUCCAGCACGUACGCUUCCUGGUGGCCAGGGGCAGCACCCACAUCCUGCCCGGAGAGGUGCCCUUCGACACCAGUCGAGUGUGUGUGAUCCGUGGGCAGGUGGCUGCUGCAGACGGAACAGCUCUGGUGGGGGUCAACAUCACCUUCCAGAGGAGUCCAGAUUAUGGCUACACCCUCAGCCGCCAGGACGGCAGUUUCGACCUCCUGUCGGUGGGCGGUGUCUCGGUCACUCUGGUGUUCCAGCGGGCUCCGUUCCUGCCCCAGCGCCGCACCGUCUGGCUGCCCUGGAACCAGUUUGUGGUUCUGGAGCGCGUGCUGAUGGACCGGGUCGAGCCCAAGGCCCCGGCGGCGCCGUGCGAGAGGAAGGGCCUGGCCGGCCCGUAUCCCAUCGUCCUCUCCCCGCCGCUCACACGCUUCACCGGCACCUGUGAGGAGAGAGGACCCGCCGUCCCCGAGCUCCAGGCGGUGCAGGAGGAGGUGUUCAUCCCCGGCAGCUUUGUGAAGCUGAGCUACGUGAGCACGCGGGCCCCGGGCUACCGGUCAGUGCUGCGUGUGCUGCUGACCCCGUCCAGCCUGCCGCAGGGCCUGGCCAAGGUGCACGUGUCCACCGCCGUGCAGGGACGCCUGCUGCACAAGUGGUUCCCCGCCGCGCCCAACCUGGUCUACGUGCUGCCCUGGAACAAGACCAACGUCUACGGCCAGCAGGUCACCGGCCUGGUGCACGCACAGGUGUCCGUGGGCUAUGAAUAUGAAGAGUGUCCGGACGUGGUGGUGUGGGAGAGGAGGUCGGCACAGCUGCAAGGGUUUGAGAUGAUCGCCUCCAAUCUGGGCGGCUGGUCUCUGGACAAGCACCACAUCCUCAACCUGGACAGCGGCAUCCUGCACAAGGGCAACGGAGAGAACAUCUUCAUCUCCGAGCAACCGCCGGUCAUCUCCACGGUGAUGGGGACGGGCGUGGUGCGGGCGAUCCCGUGCCCCAGCUGCAGCGGUCCGGCGGCUGGACGCAAGCUGUUCGCGCCCGUGGCGCUGGCCUGUGGGUCGGACGGCAGCGUCUACGUGGGCGACUUCAACUUCAUCCGCAGGGUUCUGCCCAGUGGCUUCACCAUCAGCAUCCUGGAGCUGCGGAACCGGGACAUCAGACACAGCACCAGCCCAGCUCAUAAGUACUACUUGGCCAUGGACCCGGUGAACGAGGUGCUGUUCGUGUCGGACACCAGCAGCAGGCGGGUCUACCGGCUGCGCACGCUGACCGAGCCCCGGGACCUGGCCCGCAACGUGGAGGUGGUGGCCGGUACCGGCGAGCAGUGCACGCCCUUCCACCAGAACUUCUGCGGAGACGGAGGCAAGGCCACGGACGCCUCGCUCAACAACCCCCGAGGCAUCACGGUGGACAAGCACGGCCUCAUCUAUUUCGUGGACGGCACGACCGUUCGGAAGAUCGACGAGAAAGGCGUGAUAACGACGGUGAUCGGCUCCAACGGCCUGACGUCAACGCAGCCCCUGAGCUGCGACUCGCACAUGGACAUCAGUCAGGUGCGACUCGAGUGGCCCACGGACCUGUCCGUCAGCCCGCUGGACAACUCGCUCUACAUCCUCGACAACAACAUCGUGCUGCAGGUGACCGAGUCCAACCAGGUGCGCGUGGUUGCCGGGCGACCCAUCCACUGCCAGGUCCCGGGCGCGGAGCAGCAGCCGCUGGUGAGCAGGGCGGCCGUGCACACGGCUCUGGAGGGGGCCAAGGCCAUCGCCGUGUCCCACCAGGGGGCGCUGUUCAUCGGCGAGACGGACGAGCGCAAGACCAGCCGCGUGCAGCGGGUCACCACCAACGGCGAGAUCUCCGUCGUCGCCGGGACGCCCAGCGAGUGCGACUGCAAGAUCGACCCCGGCUGUGACUGCUUCUCCGGCGAUGGCGGCUACGCCCGCGACGCCAAGCUGAAGUGGCCGUCGUCCCUGGCCGUGUCGCCCAACGGCACGCUGUACAUCGCCGACCUGGGCAACGUGCGUAUCCGCGCCGUCUCCCGCAACCGGCCGCGGCUCAACCGGCGGCGGCAGUACGAGAUCAGCUCGGUGGUGGACCAGGAGCUCUACCUGUUCAGCGCCAACGGCACGCACCUGCACACGCGCAGCCUGGUGACGGGCGACCACCUGUACAACUUCAGCUACACGCCCGAGGGCCACGUGGCGGCGGUGGUGUCCAGCGAGGGCGGGGCGGUGCACGUGCGGCGCGACGCUAACGGCGUGCCGCUCUGGCUGCUGGUACCUGGCGGACAGGUGUACUGGCUGACGCUCAGCAGCACGGGCGCUACGCUCAAGCGCGUCUCGGCGCUCGCCCACGACCUGGCCCAGCUCAGUUACUACGGCAACACCGGCCUGCUCGCCACCGUCAGCAACGAGAACGCCUGGACCACCGUCUACGAGUAUAACAGUGAAGGCCACCUCAUCAAUGUCACCUUGCCAACGGGUGAGGUCAGUAGUUUCCAUGGUAACAUGGAGAAGUCGGUCAAGGUGGAGGCUGACACAUCAAGCGGCGAAAACUUCAUCACGGCAACCAACUACUCUGCGGCCAAUACCAUAUACAUGCUACGCCAAGCUCACGCUCAGAACAUCUACCGCAUCAGCUCCGACGGUUCUCUCUGGGUGACGUUCUCCAGCGGCAUGGAGGUGACUCUGACCACGGAACCCCACGUUCCGUCCGACUCGGCGUCGGGGGCGUCGGCGGGCGUGGUCCACCCGACCGUGGGCCGCUGCAACAUCACGCUGCCCGGCGAGCACAGCCACAGCCUGAUCGAGUGGAGGCAGAGACGGGAGCAGGCCAAGGGCAACUACACGGCCUACGAACGCCGCCUGCGGGCUCACAACAGAAACGUGUUGUCCAUCGACUUCAACCAAGCCACGCGCGUCGGCAAGAUUUACGACGACCACCGCAAGUUUACCCUGCGGGUUCAGUACGACCAGCUGGGCCGGCCCGUGCUCUGGUCCCCGAGCAAGUACAACGAGGUGAACGUGACCUACACUCCAGCCGGACUGGUCAGCAGCAUCCAACGGGGCAACUGGACUGAGAAACGAGACUACGACAGCGGGAAACUCAUCUCCAGAACCUGGACCAAUGGCAAGAGCUGGAGCUACACUUACCUGGAGAAGUCGGUGAUGCUGCUGCUGCACAGCCAGAGGCGCUACACGUUUGAGUACGACCAGACGGACUACCUGCUGUCGGUCACUAUGCCCAGCAUGGUCCGGCACAGCCUCCAGUCCACGCUGUCCGUGGCCUACUACCGCAACACCUACACCCCUCCGGACGCCCCCUCCUCCGCCCUCAUCCAGGACUACGCCCACGACGGCCGCCUCCUGCAGACGCUUCACCUGGGCACAGGUAGACGCACCGUCUACAGGUACAACCGCAUGUCCCACCUGGCCGAGGUGCUGUACGACUCCACGCUGGUCACCUUCACCUACGACGAGGCGGCCGGCGCCAUAAAGACCAUCCACCUGAUGCAGGACGGCUUCAUCUGCUCCAUCCGCUACAAACAGACAGGCCCACUGGUUGGACGGCAGAUUUUCCGCUUCAGUGAGGAGGGGCUGGUGAACGCUCGGUUCGACUACAGCUACAACAACUUCCGGGUCACCAGCAUGCAGGCUAUGAUCAACGAGACGCCGCUGCCCAUCGACCUGUACCGCUACGUGGACGUGUCCGGCCGCAUCGAGCAGUUCGGCAAGUUCAGCGUCAUCAACUACGACCUGAACCAGGUGAUCACCACCCACGCCAUGAAGCACACCAAGAUCUCCAACGCCAACGGCCUGGUCAUCGAGGUGCAGUACGAGAUCCUGAAGGCCAUCUCCUAUUGGAUGACCGUCCAGUACGACAGCAUGGGCCGCGUCACCGUGUGUGACAUCCGCAUCGGAGUGGACAGCAAUAUCACGCGCUACUCUUACGAGUACGACGCCGACGGGCAGCUUCAGGCGGUGUCGGUGAACGAGCGUCCCCAGUGGCGCUACAGCUACGACCUGAACGGCAACAUCAACCUGCUGAGCCACGGCAACAGCGCCCGGCUAACGCCGCUGCGCUACGACCUGCGCGACCGCAUCACGCGACUCGGCGAGAUCCAGUACCGCGUGGACGAGGACGGCUUCCUGCGGCAGCGCGGCUCCGUGCUCUUCGACUACGGCUCCAACGGGCUGCUGCGCCGCGCCCUGGACCGCGACUCCCAGCGCAGCGUGUCCUUCCGCUACGACGGGCUCGGACGCCGCGUGGCCAUGCGCACCAGCGACGGCCGGCAGCUGCAGUUCUUCUACGCCGACCUGACCGAGCCCACGCGCGUCACGCACCUCUACAACCUGACCGGCGCCCAGAUCACCUCGCUCUACUACGACCUGCAGGGCCACCUCAUCGCCAUGGAGAUGAGCAGCGGCGAGGAGUUCUACGUGGCGUGCGACGUCGCCGGCACCCCUCUGGCCGUGUUCAGCAGCCGCGGCCGCGUCAUCAAGGAGGUGCGCUACACGCCGUACGGGGACAUCUACCACGACUCCAACCCCUCCUUCUCGCUGGUGCUGGGCUUCCAGGGCGGCCUGUACGACCCGCUCUCGCGCCUCGUCCACCUCGGUCACCGCGACUACGACGUGGUGGCCGGACGCUGGACCACGCCCAACCACCAGCUGUGGCGCGAGCUGAGCGUCGAGCCCAAGCCCUUCAACCUCUACGCCUUCAACAACAACUACCCCCUGGGCAAGCUCCAGGACGUCACCCGCUUCACCACAGAUGUGAGCAGCUGGCUGCAGCUGUUUGGCUUCCAGCUGCACAACGUGGUUCCUGGGUUCCCUAAGCCCGAGGUGGACAGCAUGGAGCAGACGCACGAGAUGAUGACCACCCAGAGGAGGACCAGGGAGUGGGACCCCAGCAAGGUGGUGUUGGGGAUCCAGUGUGAGCUGCAGAGGCACCUGCGGAACUUCAUCUCUCUGGACCGCCUCCCCAUGAGCCCGGCCAAUGGCAGGCUGAAGGGUCGCCAGGGGCGCCGCCCCCGCUUCUCCGCCCUCUCCUCCAUCUUCGGCAAGGGCGUCAAGUUCGCCGUGCGCGACGACGGCCUGGUCUCCACGGAGAUCAUCGGCGUGGCCAGCGAGGACAGCCGGCGCAUGGCGGCCGUUCUCAACGGUGCCGUCCACUUGAGCGGAGUCCACUUCACGGUGGACGGCCGCGACACGCACUACUUCACCAAGGCCGGCCCGCUGGAGGCCGACCUGACCGUGCUCGGGGGCGGCGGCGGCGCUCGCGUCCUGGAGAACGGCGUCAACGUCUCGGUGUCGCAGAUGAGCGCCGUGCUGGCGGGCCGAACGCGCCGCCUGGCCGACAUCCAGCUGCAGCAGGCCGCGUUCGGCCUCAACGUGCGCUACGGAGCCACGCCGGACGAGGAGCGCGCGCGGCUGCUGGAGGCGGCCCGGAUGCGGGCCGUGCAGGCCGCCUGGCUCAGGGAGCAGCGGCGGGUCCAGGAGGGCGACCGGGGCUCCAGGGCCUGGACGGACGCCGAGCGGCGCGAGCUGCUGUCCGAGGGGAGGGUCGGCGGCUACGACGGCGUCUACGCGCUGCCCGUAGAACAGCACCCCCAGCUGGCCGACAGCCCGCAUAACAUCCACUUCCUGCGGCACGCCGAACCUGGCCGCAGGUAA